AUGUACUGCCUAGAUACAUCACACCCGAGCGGUGAGCCUACCAGGGCCCGUGUGUCUAUUCCUACGGGAUUCUUCAAAUUUCCCGGGACAGUUUUUAGGGCCGGAGGGGAAGCGGGAGGAGGGGGCGGGACGCAGGACAUGCUCCUCCCGGGGGCGGCUCUCCUCACCGCUUCACCCGGCUCGCCGGCAUCCCCCUUCUCGUGUGUGCUGCCCCGCAGGGCGCCAUGGGCUUCGUCCUCUCCAAGGCCAUGAACGACAGCCUGAAAGGUCAGCAGGAGUUUAUGCGGCUGCAGCUGGAAAGGCAACUAGUCCUGCAGAACCUAAUGAGAGAGAGACAAACAGCCAUGCAGAUUGCUUGGACACGAGAAUUUCUCAAAUACUUUGGGACAUUUUUUGGACUUGCUGCUGUUGUUUUAACAACUGGAGCAAUAAAAAGGAAGAACCCAGCAGUUUUACUGCCAAUACUUCCCUUAGGCUUUGUAUUUUCUUAUCAUUAUGAUGUGGGCUAUGGGACACUGUUGCAAAGGAUCAAAGGUGAAGCAGAGAACAUACUUGAUACACAGAGCGCUUUGCUAGAAUUGCCAAAAGGACCUCUCACAUUUGAGGAUUUGGAGAAGAUCAGAAUAUCUCAGAACAAUUUAUUCAGAGAAAAAUAGGAAGAUGGUAUUAAAGCUGCAUAUCUGAAAUGUGAUUAUGAUACUGCAUUUCAACAUAAAUAAAUCAUUAAAAAUUUGAUAAGAUUAUGAGCUCUUAUAAAAAAUUAAUUUUUUUAAUCGUACUUUCAAAAGAAAUCUGUUUCAUAUUAUAUGUAUGUCUUUAAAAUAUUCCUUGUUCUGUAGUAUAUUUUCCUUGAUUAUAAUGAAAUACUGAAUUUGCAUUGUCUAUUCAGAGUCUUAAAAUAACUUUCACCUGCAAUAAAAAUGUCUGGUGCUGACCUAACACAGUAUGGUAAUUGGCAGUUUUAAGUUUGUAUAAAUAUAUAUAAAUUAUAUAAAUAAAUAGAUACCGAUUUCAAAUGUAUUUCAGGAUACACAGCUCAACUUGAAGUCAGGAGCAGGCAGUCAGUUUUUUUGAAAAAUAAGACACUUUUUGUUUGUUGUUCUUUAGGCAGUGAAGUCACCAUCUCUGCUCCAAAUUCUGAUGGAAUAAACAGCUUUUAUCAGAAGUAGGUUCAGAAGUAAACACAUAAUUUGCUAACUGUGUGUUUUACUCUUAGGGAAAACUGUGUUAAAGUAUGAGCAGAGAUAGUUUCUGAAAAAGAGGAAACAAAUUAUGUAGCUAUUUCCUGAGUCUUUAUCAUGCUUGUCCAACAUUCUGAAACUCAGGAUAAUUUGGUUUUUUAUAAUUGAAAUCAGAGUUUCACUACUAAGAUGAAUAUUAACUUUGGCUAACAGCAAGCAAAAUUAUUAAUGCAUGUUUUUAUAAUGGGUAGAUCCAAGUGGCCUUGUAAGUACUGAAAAACUGUGGGAUUUUUUCCAUGCCUUUACUCUAGCAUGGUAGAUACUGAGAAUAUAGUUUUAGUGUACUUUAAUGUUCUGAUGCCACACUUGGAAAAAAAUUAAUCUUUCUGUAUUGGAAAUCUUGUUUAGAAACAGAUUAUUUUGUGUUCUGGAUGGAAAUUAUUCUAGCAUUAAUCUAAUUGUGGAAUGAAAAACAAAUGCUCAAAAAGCAUCCAAAAAUGAAUUAAGCUGAAGUCUGUAUUGACAAUUUGUUGACUUAAAAAUUAAAUUCCAGCUGGAGAUAAUGCCCCAAACAUGAUUUUGAAGACUACUUAACUAAACUUAGAAUAUUGUUACAGUAAGACAGGCAAAUAUAUAAUGAAACAAAAGCUUCUGAAUAUAGAAGAAAUUAAUAGCACAGUUUCCACAGUCUGACUUCUGAAAGUGCACUCACUUCUGCAUUCAGUCACUUCUGUAAUUGGUUCUGUCUUCUGCAGGUUGACAAUGCAUACUGUCUGUAACUGAUUUCAAAUGGGAUGUGUUUUAAUAGUCAGUGUAAUAAAAUGAACACAAGUACUCC